AUGCAUUUUCUUUCUAUGCUGCUCGUAGCCGUGACGGCGGGGCUUGCUGUUGCUGCACCAGUGAGGAGCAAGCGCGCUACGAAGUUUAAGUUCUUCGGUGUCAAUGAGAGUGGUCCCGAGUUUGGAAACAAGAACUUCCCGGGAACAAAGGGCAAGGACUACGUUUGGCCUACAACCAGUACAAUUGAUCAAUUCAUUAGCAAAGGCUUCAACACUUUCCGAAUCAACAUCAUGAUGGAGCGUGUCGUUCCCAACCAGCUGACUGGUGGCUUGGACUCAGCCUAUUUUAAAGAUCUUGACGACACUGUGAAAUACAUCACAAACAAGAAAGCAUACGCCAUGAUAGUCCCCCACAACUACGGCCGAUACUAUGACAAAAUUGUCACGGAUACGGCUGGGUUCCAAAAAUUCUGGCAAACACUGGCCACCCCAUAUAGGAGCAACAACUAUGUCAUCUUUGACACCAACAAUGAAUACCAUGACAUGGAUCAAGACCUUGUAGUCAAGCUCAAUCAAGCUGCAAUCAACGGUAUUCGCGCCGCCGGCGCCACAAGCCAGUGGAUCCACGUCGAAGGCAACGACUGGAACGGGGCUUGGACGUGGACUACAGGCAAAAACUCUGCCACCAUGGGGUCACUCACCGACCCGAAUAAUAUGCUUGUCUACCAAAUGCAUCAAUACCUUGAUACCGAUGGCAGCGGUACCCAUGCUGAAUGUGUAUCUGCGACUAUUGGCGCUGAGCGAGUUAAAGCCGCUACUGAGUGGCUGAAAGCGAACAAGAAGGUCGGAUUUAUUGGAGAAUUUGCGGGUGGUGCGAAUACACAGUGUCAGACGGCCAUUAAGGGCAUGUUGGAGUAUAUGGCGCAGAACUCGGAUGUCUGGCAAGGCGCGCUGUGGUGGGCGGCUGGGCCCUGGUGGGCUGAUUAUAUGUACAGCAUUGAGCCCACAACCGGGGCAAGCUGGAAGGGUUAUAUGGACAUCCUGCAGAAGUAUGAGUGA